AUGGAUCACGAUCACGACCAUGUUCAUCACCAUCACGCAGCAGACAUGGUUUCUAGUACAGUGGCAACAACACUUAUGAAUCAUGCUCAUCAUAUGAUGGAACAUAAAUCAAAUACAACAUCAGUUCCUAGUGGACAUGGUUCGCAUGCUGAUCAUAUGAUGUCAAUGGCUAUGACUUUUCACGGUGGUUUCACUGAACAAAUUUUAUUUUCACAAUGGAAUACGAAAACAGCAAGUGCAUUUAUUGGAUCUUGGAUUAUCAUCUUCUUGGUGGCUGUACUCUACGAAGGAUUGAAAACUAUUCGAGAUCAAUUAGCCAAACGUGAAGCGCGUUGUAAAUGUGAGGAGCAAGGUGAACGUCCAUCAUCACUUUUGCGCCAUGGCCAACAGGAUGAAAAUCCUAACAAUAAUGAUUUAAUACCAGGAGUUAUAACGGGCAAUGCUCGCACGACUAAACGAGCUCGUUUAUUAAGUCUUCAUCAUAUAAUUCAAACACUUUUACACAUUCUACAGAUGGGCAUUAGUUAUUUAUUGAUGUUAGUUGCCAUGACAUUUAAUAUUUAUCUAUUCCUUGCUGUUAUACUCGGCGCUGGUGUAGGUCAUUUUCUAUUCGGUUGGCGUCGUUCAUCUGUUAUUGAUUAUAAUGAUCAUUGCCAUUAA